CGCGUUGGACGAAUCUUAUGUAAAUUUUAUAUUAUAUUUCCAAGGCGUGGUCAGUCAGGAGGGCUGCAGGAGUGUAUUAAGUUAAGAGCAGUGUUGUUUAGUGAUCAUGGCGUUAAGGAAUAUAGCUGUGUUGUUCUUAACAGUUGGCUUGGUAGCCGGACAAACUUACAGAGUAUGCAUCCCCACAACCGACAGGACACUCUGUAACAGCUUGGACCGGGACGGCAGCCAAGCCACAUGCGAACCAGUGGAAUCUCGAAUUGACUGCGCGUUGCGUCUGGCUCGUGGGUCGGCUGAUAUCGGAGUGUUUACCGAGGAGGAGACGCUGGUGCUGGGUCAACAGCAGCCUAACAACAACCGCGUUAUCGCCACCAUCAGAGAUGUCUCCAGAACUGAACCGUACGCGUUUGAAGCAGUGGCCAUUGUCUCCAAUAGCCAUUCGGGGGGUCUGGAAGGUCUACGAGGAGGUAGUUACUGCCACCCUGGCCUCGACCAGUCUGACCAGAGGUGGUCACCGCGAGUGCUCCGGACUCUUGAGCAGGCAGUGGCCCGAACCAACCGCUGCACGGACCCGCCGCCAGGCCGGACCUCUGAGGAGCUGGAGGUGGACCAGCUCAGCCAAUUCUUCUCGGCCGCCUGUCGCCCCGGACCCUGGAGCGUCAACGCCACAGUCGAUGCUAACCUUAAACAGCAGUUCCCCUCACUCUGUUCCCUCUGCGGGCCCACCAAUGCCUCUUGCGCGGCGUACACCCUCGACAUGGGGGUCAGCGUGGCCGGAGCCUCCAACACCAACAGGCACAUCCAGGCUCUGGAGUGCAUGAGGACCAACGGCAACGGGAGCUUCGCCUACGUCGCCUGGCAACAUGCGCAGGAGUUCUUCACCGCCCGCAACCCAGACAUUGCGACCGCGUAUGCGGUGCUCUGCCCCGAUGGCUCCACACAGACCCUCACGUCUGAAGUGAUCAACAACCGCACCGCUCCCUGCGCCUUCGUCCGACAACCUUGGAGCACCAUCGUCGCUUCCACUGCCACUGCAGCAGAGGUCCAGCAGAACCUGCGGGCGUGGUGGCCCAACGGCGCUAACCCCUCGGACAACUCCUGGCAGGCCACCCUGUUCAACGGCAUCGUCGGCGGCGCCAGCGCCAGGGUCUUCUUCGAGGACAGUCUGCCCAGUCCUGCCAACUACACUUCACCAAUCCGCACGAUUCCUGCUAUCGACGCGACCGCCACGUGUCUGCCUGCGCGCCGCUGGUGCACCAUAUCCACCCUGGAACAGACCAAAUGCUCCUGGGUUAGAGCAUCAGCGUAUUCCCUGGGCUUGGAGCCACCGAUCUCCUGCCAGCAGCGUCCGAACAUCUUGGAAUGUUUGAAUGACAUCAGAGAAGACCGCGCUGACUUCGUGACUUCCAAGUCCAACUACGGAUACCUUGCUAGGCAGCAUUACCAGCUGUCGCCAGUGAAGUUGGUGCAGAACUCCAGGAGUUCAUCCAGCGCGUUCUCCCGCGUCGCCGCCUUCGUCAAGGAGUCAUCAGCUCAGAACAAUGUCACCCGCUUCGAGAACCUUCGAGGGACUAAGGCGUGCUUCCCGGAGUAUGGUGGCAUUGCGUACGUAGCGUUCGUGCGUACUGCGCAGGAGCGCGGGAUCAUCAGCCCGUCAGAGUGCGACUACGCACGCGCGGUGGGUGAAUUCUUCGACGGCGCCUGCGCCCCCGGCGCGCUCGACGCCGCACAUGCGCUCUCGCAGUCGUCUUUCAAUGCGACCACCCUGUGCACAGCCUGUAGGCCCACUGUAACAAUCGUCGGAAACUACUCUGAUUUCACGUGUACGUGGGACUACAGCACCAACUUGUACUAUGGUAACAACGGCACGCUGUCCUGCCUGGCGGACCCCACCACCAGCGUCGCCUUCCUGCAGGUGCAGAACAUUCAAGCACACCUAAACCAGCUGGGUCUGGACGGAAGCCAGUUCAGAGCGCUCUGCCGCAACAACACGCUUGCUGCCACCACCGGGGUGAACGUUGAUAACAACUGUCUGCUGGCGUAUGUCGUCGACGCUGAGGUUGUCACUAGAAGAAACGACCCCCUCACUAACGCUCUAGCCAUCCUAUUGGAGAAUCUGGACCUCUACUUCGGUUACAUCGCGGAAUCCGGCGCGCAGCUGAUCAACUUGGAAAUCUUCUCACCCUUCGAUGGAGUCAGCGACUUGCUCUUCAAGGACACGGCAAUAGGCCUCACUGAGCCCUCAGCAACGUCAUCCAAUGAGCCCGCGAGGAACUAUAUGGAGUUAUUCCAGCAUUUGGAGUCGUGUACCGGAGCCGCCGCCCCCGGAAUUGCCACUAAGAAUUUCUACUCUAUAUUUACUAUUGUUUUGAUGUCUUUAUUCACGCGUUUCGUUGUGUACUAAAGAGUUAAAAAGUGGUAAUUAGCUACUUGACAGUGUUGGGUAAAGUAUUUUAAAAAAUACAGACGCUUA